AUGGCCUCGGUGGGGAAAAAUCUCAGUUUACCUGGCAAGUCUGCUGGGGACAGGCAGCACUGUGGAGGGGAGAACCUGUGUAUAUACAAAGGCAGAGUAUUGGAAGGAGAAUAUGAUGAUGAUAUUGAAGAGAGACAGAUUGACGAUCAAAUGAGUGGAACAUCAGAGUCACCCUCAGGUGAUGAAAAACCUGACCUGGACACUGAAAAGGAGAGUGAAACCUUAUCAGAGAAGGCAUUGGAGGUCUCUGACGAUGAGAAGGAUGAAGAUGAUAAAUACUCUGACAGUGACUUCUGGGACAAUGAACAAGCACCAGACGCAACUUUUGUGGCAGAAGGAAGAAGAACACUUGAUGUGGAGGAAGCAGCAGAAAAAGUGGGACGAGAAAGGACGAUGCUAGGGGAGACAAAAACAAUUGAGGAGGCACAUUUUGUUGAAGAGGAAGAAAUAUUCACCAAAGAGGAAGGAGAAGAAGUGGAACUGUUGGGACACUUGCUGCCCGAGGAAGAAGCAGUGGCUCUGCUGCAGGCAGAGGGUCAGCCUGUGGUAGAGGAAUCUGCACCCGAAGAGAGUGCCAUGGCAGAGGGAGAUCCCAAAGGACAGGGGAUAGGGAAAAGAAGGGACCUUGGCAUUGAGAUGACACCUGGGGAACAGGGAGAUGUGGUGGAGGGGAUGGAGAGCGAGGCAGACCUUGAGGCGCAGGGAACUGGGGAAGAGGAGCUGCCAGGAGCAGGGGAAUUGCUUGACGAGGAGGAAAGAAGAAUGCAGCCCGGGGGAUGGGGUGGGGCUGAAGAACCAUCUGACAGUAAUGAGGAGGAAUCAGAAAAAGAGGACUCUGAUGGAGAGGACGACAUGGAGGAGGGAGGACUUGAAGGGGAAGAUAUGCUUGGUGCUCUGUCUGAGGGAGAGGAGGAUGAGGGAGAAUUUGAAUGGAUAAAUGUGGCGAGUCCUUUUUGUGAAGAAGAGGACGACAUGGAGGAGGGAGGAUUUUUAGGGAAAUAUGUUGUUUCUCUGUCUGAGGGGGAGGAGGACCUGGAGAAGAUCUGUUUUGCAUGGUAG